CGGAGAGAAAGGACCGCUACCGGGGGUGGGAUCCACGGAGGGCUCCGAGGAGUGCGCACGCGCACUGACCCCCGCGGGCCCUAGCAACCAGUGCAGUGACAGUAGCAACGGCCGGAAUGGCAAAAGCAACAACCAUCAAAGAAGCUCUAGCCAGAUGGGAAGAGAAAACCAGUCAGAAGCCUUCCGAAGCCAAAGAGAUAAAGCUUUAUGCUCAGAUUCCCCCUAUAGAGAAGAUGGAUGCAUCCUUGUCCACACUUGCUAAUUGCGAGAAGCUUUCACUGUCUACAAACUGCAUUGAAAAAAUUGCCAACCUCAAUGGCUUAAAAAACUUGAGGAUAUUGUCUUUAGGAAGAAACAACAUAAAGAACUUAAAUGGACUGGAAGCAGUAGGGGACACAUUAGAAGAACUGUGGAUCUCCUACAAUUUUAUUGAGAAGUUGAAAGGGAUCCAUGUAAUGAAGAAAUUGAAGAUUCUCUACAUGUCUAAUAACCUAGUGAAAGACUGGGCUGAGUUUGUGAAGCUGGCGGAAUUGCCAUGCCUGGAAGACCUGGUGUUUGUAGGCAAUCCCUUAGAAGAGAAACAUUCUGCUGAGGGGAACUGGAUUGAAGAGGCGACCAAAAGAGUUCCCAAACUGAAAAAGCUGGAUGGUACCCCAGUAAUUAAAGAGGAAGAAGAAGAAGAAAACUAACACCAUGUUUUCCCCUUUGUGUUAACUUAUUUAAAUGUCAUAAGAAUAAUAGAUAAGUUUUGUAUAAUUGUCUAUUUUAAAGAUUCUCUGUGGGGCAAAGGUUCUUAAGAUAAAACAAGUUUCUCAUUCCUACCUUUUUUUAAACCUAUUUAGUGUUUCUCACCCCAAACAAUAACACCAACUUCAUAUAUUCUAGUACUUUUUUUUUAGAAACUCAAAUUGUCAAUUUUUGUCUUCUGUCCCAGUUAUGUACUGCGUGGCCCCAUCUACUGAAACUUUUAUAGACCAGUCAUUUUUAACAACAAAGAACAACAAAUACAGUUCUUUAUUUAGUUUGUUUAGGGUUUCUUUUUUUGUUUUUAAGACCAGGCAUUUAAAUAUAUAUAUUUAACUUUUGGAUCUGUAGACCAUCUUUCCUGAAGGUCCAUGUCCUUAUGACUCAGAAGCACAAAUGUGUCAUGCCUUUGGUUCAGAAGGCAGCAUGGUGACAGGAAGAGUUCCUCUUAGAAGAAAUACAGAGCAGUCCUAGAACCAAGACUCCCAAAGUCCAACUGCAAAAGCUGUGGUGAAAAAAAGAAAAAUUAAUAUCUUGGAGGCCUUAUAGCCCAUGUUAUAUUUACUUAUUUGUUUUUCCAAAAUGUGUGCAUCUGUCAACUGGAAUUUAGGUUGUGUUUACACACCUGGCCACUUGAGUCAUUGUGCACAGUGAGUAGUUAAAAUGACUGUCGUGAUCAUUCCUUUGACCAGUAUUGUGGUCAUGUUACCCAUGUGGACCUGAUCUUAGGCACACUUUUUGGUUUAUGAUCCCUUAUAUGUUAUAUAAGGAAAUACAUGUAAACAGUAGUUAUAUUUGAAUUCCUAGCCUAAAUGUUGGCCAUUCAUAUAUAUCAAAAAUUUCUCUAAUAACUUUGUUCUGUUGACCCUCAUGUUGGGAGAAGUGAUUACUAUAAAUAAGGAUAUAGAAUUUAAAA